GAGGAAAACCAGGGACAGGCAAUGACGACCUGGACCUCGCGAUAAACUAGCACCCUUCACUGAACAAGAUGGUUGAUCAUGCUGCCAAAAUCAAAGAGACCCUAGAACGCAGGGACAAAUCCAUUCCCGACUAUGCAAGACUCUCUGCUCCCCCUGCCGAGAGUGUGCAGAAUGUCCUCGACGUACCCAAAGGCAGCGGCUUAUUGACUGAUAAGGAACUCAAAAUCACCGAGAAUUACGAUGCAAGUGCCUUGUUGCGUCUCAUUGCACGCGGUGAUUUGACAUCGGAGGAAGUGACCCUUGCCUUCAUCAAGCGUGCCUCCAUUGCCACGCAGCUCGUCAAUUGCUGUACGGAAAUCAUGGCGGAUGAAGCAUUGUUACGAGCAAAGAAGCUAGACCACGAGUACAAGAUGACUGGAAAGCUUUCUGGGCCUUUACACGGCCUGCCAGUCUCGUUCAAGGAACACAUCCUCAUCAAGGACAAGAUUGUGCAUUCAUCGUACGUUGCGUGGCUCGACAACAUUGAGCCUGCCGACUCGCUCAUCUACGAGACGCUUGUAAUGCUCGGCUGCGUUCCCUUUUGCAGAACAACACAACCACAAGCCGUGAUGCAUCUCGAAACCAAUAGCAACAUCUAUGGCCACACUACAAACCCCUAUAACCGCAACCACACUCCCGGCGGCUCGUCAGGUGGUGAAUCGGCGUUGCUCGCCUUACGCGGCAGUCCUCUAGGUGUUGGCGGUGACAUUGGUGGUAGUAUUCGUAAUCCUGCCAGUCUCACGGGAUUGUGGGGAUUCAAGCCAUCAUGCAAUCGAAUCCCUGGUGGUACAAAAGGUUUGCAUCGUGGUCGAGAAACAAUCCUAGCGACGAAUGGACCGUUGUGUCAUUCAUUGGAAGAUUUGAUUUUGUUUAUGCGGGUGUUGGUGGAUGCUGAACCUUGGCGGAAAGAACCCUCACUCGUACCGAUCCCUUGGCAUAUGCCAGAAUUGACGAAGGAGACACUGACUGUGGGUAUUAUUUGGUCAGAUGGUGUUGUGAAACCCCUACCGCCUAUUCAACGAGCCAUGGACAAAGUCACCGAUGCCAUGCGUGGGAUUGGUAUCAAGACGGUUGAUUUCGAGCCAUACAACCAUGCCGAGUCGUGGGAUAUCAUUUCGCAGUUAUACUACACGAAUGGUGCACUCGAUGAGUUUGCACUCUUCAAGGAUGGUGGUGAGGAGAUGCUGCCCUUGACGAAAUGGCUCUUCACGCAACCAGGCGUCAAAGAACAUUCACACGAUGAGUCCAAUGAGAUUCUCCUUCGCCGUAACAGAUACCGAACGGCCUAUGCGCGCCAUUGGCUCGCACAGGAAGAAAAGCACGGUACAAAGAUUGACGUCUUGCUGUGCCCUGUGGGUCCUGGACCUGCUCCCAAAUUAGGGACCAGCAAGUAUUGGACCUACACGAGUGUUUGGAAUCUAGUCGAUUACCCUGGCUGUGCAUUCCCAGUGACGCAAGUACAACCGAAGGAUGCUGAGCCUAGUGGGUAUGUUCCCCAGGCAGGUGUGGAGAAGGAGGUGUGGGAUUCGUAUGACUUGAAUGAAAGUCGAGGUUUGCCAGUGGGAUUGCAGUUAGUGGGUAGACGCUUUGAGGAGGAGAAAGUCUUGGCUGCGAUGGGUGUCAUCAGUGGAGCGUUGGAGGCUGCAUCUGCGCAUCUCUAGACUGCUCUAGGUCGAGCCAUGCUGAAUACUGCUAUUACUGUAUACUGGUCGAGGAUAUUGAGCUGAAUUUGCCCUCGAGUUUAGUUU